GGAAUAGGUUUGAUGGCGGACGAAGGAAGAAUUCUUUCCUGUGAUGAAUUUUACUGUUCCUCACUUGUUUCACGAUCUAUAUUCUAUUCCUCUACUUCUUCUGUAGUCGUUUCAGUUUCAUCCUUUGCGAAAUGUGCCAUCAGCAAUCGAGCCUGUCAGGAUCACUUCACAGUGCUGGUUAUCCUGCAAAUGUAGGGGAAGGCGGGGCAAAGCCGGGUAGCUAAGGAAAACCUAUUGUAUCUCGUUAAAUAUUUUUUAUUUAUAACCAAAAAUUCUUCAACUACAAACUUUGAAAAUUAAUACAUAAACUUAACCUACAAAACAUUAAAAAAAAACUUC